AUGUUUUCUUCCUUUCUUGUAGCGAUUGCUUUCGUCGCGGGAGUCUUUGGAGCCCCCACUGCUGAACUGCUCCCACGCUUGAAGCCCUAUCAGGUUCGUGGCGUCCAAAGUCCGAUCUACCAUUUGUAUCUCCAAGGUCUUCCUUCGAAUAAAUCAGCUCCCGUCAUGGGACCCGAAGCGACCUCUGAGUACUUGUAUGUUCCAAGGUUUCUAUUUAGCUCCGCUGACUCCAGCCAUCAUGCGUCCACAUAUUUUCAGUUUCUGACCAAGAUGAAACAGUGACAUCGGUACCACGAUUAAAAGCACCAACACUUCUCAAUUCCUCAAUAUUGGAAGCAGCUCCGUGUCUUACAAACCUCUUUCUUUUGGCCCAACGGCUACGACCACGGCUUGGGGGUUGGAAGGAGAUACUAUUAUAACUGCUACAUCAAGUUCAUAUGGGCGACGUGAGUUUUCCCUUUUUCAUAGUACAGCGAGAGGAAUAGAAAGGGGGUAUUUUGCUGAUAAUUGAAACAGAACUCAACUUCCUAGUUUGCAGUUCUUCAACGAGUGGAUAUUACGAUCUGUUCUUGCAAACUGGAAGUGAUACACCAAGUGGAAAAUCUUGCAGCAAUUACCAAACAAUCCAUUUGCCUUGUCUUUGUUAG